AUGGGGGCGACCUUUGCUAUUGGACUCAUAUUUGCCGGUGGAAUCUGGCAGUGGAGCGAUGGUCGUACCAUUGCAAUGAUUGUGGUUUUGGGAGUCAUUACUGCUCUUUACGCCAUACAACUGUGCUUUUGCGUUUUCACAACUCCCGAGUGCAGAUCGUUCCCUGGACACUUGCUAAGGUCUCGGACUCAGGUCCUGUUCUACAUCACAACAACCUGCGCCAAUACUUGCAUGUUUUUCACGGCGUUCUACAUCCCUAUUUACUUUCAAUUUACUCAAAACGACACAUCACCAAUGGCCGCCGUACGAUUGCUUCCCUAUCUUCUAUUCACCAUCACUUUUAACCUGGCCUCUGGCUGGACGCUCCCUAAAAUCAAGUACUAUAUGCCACUGUGCUUAACGCGAGUUGCCCAAAUUUACGGCUUCAGCAUUCUGAUGGGAGUCAGAACGGGCAUAACCAUGCAGCUGGGCGCUAUCAACCUGCAAAAUGUCGCGCAAAUUGGAGCUAUUGUUAUUUGCCUCGUGAUUGCUAGCCAGGCUUUCCAGUCAAAUGCCGUGGAUAACCUGAGCCAGGUUCUGGACGGCCAGGGAUUUAGCCAGGCCGAUAUUCAUGGUGCUGUGGCAGGGGUUCAGAGCACACUGUUCGAAAAGCUGAACGGCGAUCUACAAACUGUGGCUAUUGUUGCAAUUACAUCGGCGAUGGCACGGGCAUUUGUUAUUCCACUUGUAGCUGGCGCAGUGGGUAGUAUUAGCUCAUUGCUGAUGAGCAGGGAAAGGCUUUUCGGAUAG